CACACUAUCAAGUGGCCACUUCACAUAACUUAUCUACCGCUGUAGGAGACUUCACGGUACACUGAUGGAGCCCUUUCGCAACAAAAACAUUACUGUGAAGAAUUAUUGCAAAGCUAUUGGACUUUAUGACAUACUUUCGGAUACAUCGAGAGUAGGCUACUUUUUCUUUGGACUUUUUUAACCAUUGUAGGGUAAGCGACAGGAGUGGACACAAAGUAAGUGAAAUGCUUCAAUAAACCAAUAGAUCUGUAUAAUUUUAUGAAAGAUUAUGAGUAACUUGUGUAACAUUUCUACCCCUUACAUAUUGAUCUUGUUUUGCUCAUUUGGGCUUCUACAAUCACACAUAAACACCUUUGCUGCAGUCCACCAGAAAGUGCAGAUAAGGAUUUUGUGACGACGGCAGCAUGGGGGCUGUUUUCGAAUUAGAACCAUGCAGAGAAAUCUCAUAGGAGCAGAGAAUGAGCUAGUGAAAUGGGACUGUCUGCCCAUUACUCUACUGUUUUGGGGAAAUGAUCAUAUAAUUUUAUAAGACGCAUGAAGUUAAGGCAAAUAGCUGUAUAUAGGCCCACAGUUUAAAGACAAUAUACUUAAAAAUGCAAUUGUUACUUGCCCAAUAUUGAGCCUCUAAUUGCGGUGUUAUUGUUUUAUUUUUAAAAGCCUAGAAGUUGAUAAUUGUAUUGUAAUAACUACUGUACUUCCAAGAUUGAUCGUAUUAUUUCAUUAUUUCCAUAUAGUAUUUUUCCAAUUAUCUGUUUUGAUGAUUGUUUUGCUGAUGUAAAUAUAUAGACUUUAAAGAUGGCGGAAAUACUGCAACUGUAUAAAUAUACUGUACAUUCAUGUUUGAGAUAAUCAAAUGUACAACAUACAUACAGCCAGGUGGAGGUGGAGUGCCAUAGUAGUUUCCUCAGUUUGAACUCUGGAACUUACAUUAAAAGCCAUCAUUAGAGGGUUGAUAAAAGAAGAAUGGUGUCAUGAUUUAACUGGAUAUGAACCCAAAUGCAGACAACUACACCAAGCCAGAGAAGGUUUAACAGGUUAUUACAAAGUAAAAUUGUCCAGGUUUCCAAAAAUAGGGGGGAAGAGCAAGUCCAGGUCUACAGGGAGGGUAACAUAUCCAGGUUCUGAGCAGGAGUGGUACUGUAACGUCCUAGUGUCCGGGGUGAGUCCAAAAGGGAAGUCCAGUAGUGGUAAACGGGAUGGUGGUGGCAGGAGUGAAGCGGAGGCAGGAGUCAGGUUCCAAUAAUCUGUGGCACAGGAGAAAUGUAAAUAGAAUAGGCCAAAAACACAAAGAGCGAAAACAAGCAGGUUGAAUCAGCAGCGAGACUAACAUGGUUGUCUUGACUAUGAUCUGACGAUGAGUGGCAAGUUUGACCGGGUCUUUAAGGCUGAGGUGAUUAUGGUGAAUGAGCUACAGCUGGAACCCUGACUCCCGCACACCAGACUUCACUCCUGCAAUCAAGAACAGACAGAGGGGAGGGGGAGAGCAGAGAGAGAGCUACCUAGCAGCAGUAGGCCUAACAAAUGGGCUAAGAAAAGAGAGGGAGGAAGUACAUGAUGUACUGAAGAUAUCUUCAUUCUGUUAAAACAAUGGAAGAACAUUUUGGGCCAGAUUCCCGGACACAGAUUAUGUUUAGAUAAAGCCUAAAAAGCAUCUCCAUUCAAAUUGCUUUUUUUUGACCAGGAUUUUGUUUGAUAUGUGUCCGGGAAUCCGACCCUUUAAGCUGCUAAGAACUACAACUUUCUUCGCUACACUAAUUCAUCUUUAUUCUAACUUUAUUUGUUUACCCCCAGGUGCAGUGAGUGAAUAACUUUCUACCGGGUUUAAUAACAGAGGCUUCUAGGAAAACAACAGCAACCAAGGGUUCUGAAGUCUGAACGCAGCCUGGUCCUGACCUUUGACCUCUGACCUCUAGCCAUGUCUCAGAGUAACCCCUCCUUCCAGCUCAUCCAGACUCUGAGGAAGUCUCCCGCUGUGUUCCGCCGCCGGUUCCACCUCCGGCCCGACCGCAUCGCCACCCUCUCCCACGGGGACCCCAUCUACAAGGUGCACUACCUGGGCACCAAGAAAAUCUACUCCCUGGAUUUGGAGCAGGCCCAGGGGGCCAUAGACCUGAUGCUCCAGCAGCUGGCCCCGGAGGCCCCUGAGAAACUGGGCAAGGAGCACGCUCUGGUGGUGCGGCGUCGUUACAUAGAGGUGAAGGAGAUUGCCACGGGGAGACAGCUCACUAAGACCUAUCUGAGUGACAUAGCGUUCUGCGCGGCUGACACCAAGCACCCCAAUGUGUUCCUGUACAUCUGUAAGCAGCAAGGCCAGCAGCUGCAGUUACAGUGCAGGGUAUUCUGGUGCACCAGUGCUGAGAGAGCUAAGGACAUCACCGCCUGUCUGGCAAGGAGCUUUCAAACGGCUCUCAGUGAUUGGCAGGGUACCGAGACCACUCACAUGGAGGAAGGGGCGGGAUCAUCGGAGGUGGAUCGACUGUCAGUCAACACGAGUCUUCAUCCUAAUACCUCCUCCGCUCUAUCAGGAGAUCUAAGGACAGGUGAAAGUGUUUUGAGAUGAUUUUGUCAUUACUAUUCUGUAGGUUACUGGUGUUUGAAAUUGAUGAUGUUUGUGUCAAAGUCAACUUUAAAAUAUAUUUGCAUGUCUUUGAGAAUGAAUGUGUCCCUUUGAGUUCUACAGAGGCUUCAACAAAGUGCACUUGGUGUUGCUAACGGUCCUGUUUGUCUGUUUGUGAAGACAGGUCGCUGGAGGAGGAGGAGGGGGGGUGUGGCUACUCUGUGUCUUCUCAGAGCGAUGAGGGGGAAUGAGAGGACAUGCUGCACCCCCACCAUCACCAAUGACGGCACACAGUCAACCAUUUGAUAUUUGACUUUGACUCUAUCUCUGCCAACUGAUAAUGUAUUGGGCAUAGCAGAGACUCACUAGCUCCUGCAGUGCCCACCAGUGUUGAAGAAUGGACCACUGCCAAACUAAGCUUGGAGCCCAGAACUACAUUUUAUGUGUGCGUUGGCCAGCUAAGGGUGUGAAUCAAAAGCCCCACAUGCCACAGAGCACCCCUUGUAUCACCACCAACAGGAUCAUUGUGUUUACCCCUGAGUAUUAUUUUGGCUUGGUGUGAACUGGACUCCCUCUACUCAGUAGUUUCCCUCUGGUAGUAAUUUAGCAUCCUCAUAUGACAAACAUGAAGACACCUAGACAGGGACAAGAGCAUACUAGGUAUUUAUUUACUUUCACCCCAUUGAGCUAACUAAACUUGUGUCUGUAACUAGGUUUCCAUCCAAUUGGUGAC